ACACGACACUGUUUCCGUCCCUUCCACAGUUUCGCCAAGCUUCUCGGCUCCAUCUCUCCCGGCCUUCGUCGACGCGGAUGGCUGUGCGAUCGCCGGUGCCCUUCCGCAUCCCGCCAUGCAGCCGUCCCUUCCUUCGGUUCGGUGCUUCCAGGUCGCACACGCUUCGAUUUCUCGAGCCCUCGAAGCAGUCCCUCCCAUCCAGACUUCUCAUCGCCGCCCGUGCCACCGUCUUUCCGGGAGGCUCUAAUUUGGAUUUCAACGGAGAUCCCCCGAGCUCGGCUUCCCCUGCGGCGGCCUCCUCGAUUAUUGACUUCCUUACCCUCUGCCACCGACUUAAGACUACAAAAAGAAAAGGAUGGAUCAAACAUGGUAUUGAUCAUCCAGAGUCUAUUGCUGAUCACAUGUAUCGGAUGGCAUUAAUGUCAUUAGUUGCUGGUGAAAUCCCUGGUGUUGAUCGGGAGAGGUGCAUUAAGAUUGCAAUAGUUCACGAUAUUGCAGAAGCUAUUGUUGGUGAUAUCACACCUUCAGAUGGCAUUCCAAAGGCAGAAAAGAGUAGACGUGAACAAGAAGCUUUGGAUGAAAUGUGCAGAAUUCUCGGUGGAGGAUUAAUGGCUGAUGAAAUUCAGGAACUUUGGCAGGAGUAUGAGAAUAAUUCUUCUACUGAAGCUAGUCUUGUGAAGGAUUUUGACAAAGUAGAAAUGAUUCUUCAGGCUUUGGAAUAUGAAACAGAACAUGGGAAGAUCUUGGACGAGUUCUUUAUUUCAACUGCAGGAAAAUUUCAGACUGAUGUUGGGAAGAGUUGGGCUGCUGAAGUGGUAUCGAGAAGAACCAAGAGACUACAUGAUCUAGCUUAACGAACCGAGUUGGCUAAAACAUGGAGAUCGAUUUGUAUUUCGGAACAUUGUCAAACAAUAAGAGUGCUUGACCCAUUGAAGCCUUCCUUCCUAAGCGUGCUAAAGCAGAUGCUGAUGAACUGAUGAGAAAAAGAAUCAGUUCAUAUACCGAAUCAACGGAAGCAACUUUCAUUUAACUUGGUGGGGCUUUUACUUGAAUCAGUAGGGUAAAAGCUUUUAGGUCUGCAUGGGUUUCGAAUAGGUGCUGACGAAUCAAUAUAUUUUUUUUUUUUACAGUCAAGACUCUGCAAAUGGGACAUUGACCAGUGUUUGAAUAAUCAUUAUCUUUUAAUGAGACAAUUUAUCUAUAAAAAUAUUUGAGGAA